AUGGAGUGGUACGAGGACUUCCCGCACAUCGGCUACGACCUGGAGGGCAGGAAGAUCUACAAACCCAUCCGCAACAAGGACGAGCUGGACAAGUUCCUGGAGAAGAUGGAGAACCCCGACUACUGGCGCACGGUGCAGGACAAGAUGACGGGCGCAGACAUCAAGCUGACGGACGAGCAGGUGGAGCUGGUGCAGCGGCUGCAGAAGGGGCAGUUUGGGGACGUCCACUUCGACCCCUACGAGCCGGCCGUCGACUUCUUCAGCCACGAGGUGAUGAUCCACCCGGUGACCAACCGCCCGGCGGACAAGAGGAGCUUCAUCCCCUCCCUCAUCGAGAAGGAGAAGGUCUCCAAACUGGUCCACGCCAUCAAAAUGGGCUGGAUCAAGCCCCGCAAGCCCAAGGAGGACACACCAACGUACUACGACCUCUGGGCGCACGAGGAUCCCAACUCCAUCCUGGGCCGGCACAAGAUGCACGUGCCAGCCCCCAAGAUGAAGCUGCCGGGGCACGAGGAGUCCUACAACCCCCCGCCCGAGUACCUGCUCAGCGAGGAGGAGAAACUGGCCUGGGAGCAGCAGGAGCCGGCCGAGAGGAAGCUGAACUUCGUGCCGCAGCAGUACCGCUGCCUGCGGGCAGUGCCUGCCUACCCACGCUUCAUCCAGGAGCGCUUCGAGCGCUGCCUCGACCUCUACCUCUGCCCGCGCCAGAGGAAAAUGAGGGUCAACGUGGACCCAGAGGACCUGAUCCCCAAGCUGCCGAAGCCACGGGACCUGCAGCCCUUCCCCACCACCCAGGCGCUGGUCUACCGUGGGCACACCAGCUUGGUGCGCUGCCUCAGCAUCUCUCCCAGCGGGCAGUGGCUGGCAUCAGGCUCCGAUGACUGCACGGUGCGGUUCUGGGAGGUGUGCACGGCUCGCUGCAUGAAGACCCUCCCCGUGGGCGGCGUGGUGAAGAGCAUCGCCUGGAACCCCAACCCCACCGUCUGCCUGGUGGCCGUCUGCGUGGAGCAGUCGGUGCUGCUGGUGAACCCCUGCCUCGGGGACAAGCUGCUCUACGGGGCCACCGACCAGGUGCUGGAGUCCUACACGCCCCCCGAGGAGGAGCGGGUGCAGCCCGUGCAGUGGCGCACGGCCACCGUCGAGGAGCACAGCAAAGGCAUCCGGCUGGCCGUGCAGCACAGCAAGGCCCUCAAGCAGGUGACGUGGCACGGCAAGGGCGACUACUUCGCCACGGUGGUGUCCGACAACAGCAGCAUGCAGGUGCUGAUCCACCAGACCAGCAAACGCUGGAGCCAAAACCCCUUCCGCAAGAGCAAGGGGCUGGUGCAGUGCGUGCUCUUCCACCCCAUCCGGCCCUACUUCUUCGUGGCCACGCAGCGCUACGUCCGCGUCUACAACCUGCUCAAGCAGGAGCUCACCAAGAAGCUGAUGGCCAACUGCAAGUGGGUGUCCAGCAUGGCCAUCCACCCCGGAGGUGACAACAUCAUCUGCGGCAGCUACGACAGCAAGCUGGCCUGGUUCGACCUGGACCUCUCCACCAGGCCCUACCAGCUGCUGCGGCACCACAAGAAAGCUCUGAGGAGCGUGGCCUUCCACAAGCACUACCCGCUCUUCGCCUCGGGCUCGGACGACGGGACGGUCAUCGUGUGCCACGGCAUGGUCUACAACGACCUGCUGCAGAACCCGCUGCUGGUGCCCGUCAAGGUGCUGAAGGGCCACGCGCUGACCUUGGACCUGGGCGUCCUCGAUGUGCUCUUCCACCCCACCCAGCCUUGGGUCUUCUCCUCGGGCGCCGACGGCACCGUCCGGCUUUACACGUAG